AGUCGUGUAUAUACCAAACAUGAUUGUACCACUUACAAAAUAAAACCUGCAACUCCUCAAGGCCCUAGCGCUUAUCCCGCCCUUUACUCAAAACACAAGUCAAUGCUUUUCCUUAGAACCUCCCUUACCAGAGCCUUGUUGCUGCAUCGUACUGCUUCGCCGUUUUCCGCAACCAGUGCACCGGUUCUCAGGGCAUUCUACCAAUCCUCGGACCACCCCGACCGCGCCUUCUACGCGCCCCACGAGUCCCAGAUCCUCGACUACGCACUCACAAAUCCGGUGGAGGGUGUGCCAGUGCUCGGAUUCACGGAACAACCACUUAUCAACGCUUUGCGGGCACACGGAAAGUCUCAGUCAAUGGCGACGAGCUUCCAGACCGCCAACUCCGCGCCAAUGGCUAUCAUGCUCUACCACAUGAAGACCCAGCGCGCCAAGAUGGUUGCUGAGCACGCCAAAACACUCUAUGAAUUACCACACGUCAACGGGUUGAGUCAAUACGACAGGUUGCAGUACUUGCUUAUUGCGCGUUUACGAGACAACGUGGCGGUAGCGGGACAGCUCCAGGGUGGGUUGGCGCAGUUGGUCCAGCCGGCGAACAUCGCAGCGUCUCUUUCCGAGUUGUACGACUUGGCUGACGACUUGUGCCACUACUCGGGUGAUAAAUCGAACGACUUUGCAUGGUAUGCAAAGCGCGGCAGCGUUGCCAAAAUCUACGUGCUUUGCGAGUUGCACCAGGCAGGCUUGCCGGCCGGGGAGUUUGCCCAGGUGGAGGCGUUUGUAAAGGAACAGGUCAGUGAGAUGGAAAACAUGGCGUACGCGUACAACUCAAUGGAGGAGUGGGGGUACAUCAACAUGAUCGGGCUUGUCAACUUGAUCAGAAGUCAGUUGACCAGAAGCUAGAAUCUUGUAUAUAGUUAAGUUUGUGGUUGGACGGAAGUAGAUGUAGGGUAAUUUUACCAAGGUGGGAGAGUUUGAAGCGGAAGUAAUACCGGGUUUUAUUGACACUGGCUAAGUUGGAUAGCAGCGAUCCAGGUAUUCUCAUAUUUAAUUUGGUGGAUCAGGCCAAACAACAGAGAUAUGAAAUGCUCACGAUUUUCAUAUUAAGGGGUAGAUGAAAUAAAAAAAGAAACCUGACUUGAU